AAGUCAUUGUGGCGCUACGGUUAGAUUACAGAUAUUUUUCAGUUCGCUUGAGGGUAGGAAGUGAUAUGUACUAAGUCGAAAUAGUAUAUGUACUAUUAGGUAUAUUUAUUUUACAUUAAACAAAAUGAGCAUUUUAACGUACAAUGGAGGUGUUGUAAUAGCCAUGAAAGGCAAGGAAUGCGUAGCUAUUGCUGCUGAUCGUCGUCUUGGGGUUCAAGGCCAGCUGAUUUGUACUAACUUCAAUAGGAUCUUUGAGAUGGGUCCAAACCUAUAUCUGGGUUUACCAGGGCUUGCUACAGACACAGCAACUGUAGCUCAGCGACUGAAAUUUCGCCUUAAUCUAUAUGAGUUACGUGAAAAUCGAAGAAUCAGACCAAAAACUUUCAGUGCUGUUGUCUCCAAUUUAUUAUAUGAACGAAGGUUUGGACCUUAUUUUGUAGAACCAGUUAUAGCAGGCUUAGAUCCUAAGACAAAUGAACCAUACAUUUGUAACAUGGAUCUUAUUGGUUGUCCUAAUGAACCCGAAGACUUUGUUGUAUGUGGAACCUGUGUAGAACAAGCAUAUGGAAUGUGUGAAUCAUUGUGGGAACCAAACCUGGAACCUGAUGAUUUGUUUGAGACAAUAUCUCAAGCUCUUGUUAAUGCAUUUGACCGAGAUGCCUUAUCAGGGUGGGGAGGAAUUGUGUACAUCAUAGAGAAAGACAAAGUUACUGUCAAAGAACUGAAGACUCGUAUGGACUAAGCUUGAAAUGUUCUCAAAAUGGAUUUAAGAAAAAUUUUAUACCCAUGGAAAUAUAUUUCAUUCGAUUAAACAAUUUCUUCCAAGAAA